GUGCGAUACAGCUCAAGUCAGACAGAAUGACACAUGGGCCACCAACCAUCGACAUAAUCUGGAACAACUUGAACAGAGACCGCGAGAACAGCAGUUGGACCCUUAGCAGAGGACCAACCGGACCUUCCAUCGACAAGCUGUGUAUCCGAAUUGCGAAGCUCGUCGAGGACGGCUGGAUAGCGCUUCAUUUGGUUGCUAUGACCGAAUAUACAUGCGUUGUCACCUGCACAUCUACAGCGACAGAGGCCGAGUUCCGUCGUGUGGCGUGGGGUCAUGAAGGUUAA